AUGAAGGGCGGGGGAUAUUGUAGUCUCGAAUUCAUUUUGACAGCGAAUUCCACUCAGAACUUGUAAGACUGCGCAGCGGCCCGCGCGCGCAUUACGCACGACCGCAAGGGAAACGUCACCGCAAGACGCGCAUCCGCGAUCGAUCGACCUUGCGCUCGAGUUUGCCCUCGCUCCGGCUCGCGUGCCCCUUCUGCUUUUGCUCCUGACCACCACUGCAACAAUCGACUUGGCCCAGACCACCUGAUAUUCGUGUGCGUAUCUCAAGGCCUGAAAGCUUUGACGACCCCGACUGCGGCUACAAGGACACAGCCAACUUUUUUCACUACGACCACAAUUGGGAGCCUUAUCAGCAAGUCGACAUAAUGGUGAGAGUCGCACAUCGUCUAGCUAGCUGGUGGGAGUAUCUCAGCUCAGCAGUACGCUCACUUCUUUCUUGCUCUCGUAGCCUCGACCAGUAGCAUCAACGCCCCACUUGGUGUGGGCUGCGGGGCACUUCUUCACCCUGUUGGCGGGCCUGAGAUAUCUGCUCGGAACCAUCACCUUUGCGACUAGUGGAGGUGGACUGAGCGCGUGGUACAGGAUUGCGUACCUAGGCGCCAUUAUCAGCUAUGGAGUGGUAGUAUAUAAGAGCUUCGGGGUGAGUGAAUAGGCUAGGCUAGGAGAGGCAGAGAACUGCUCGAGCUUCCGCCGCUCGUUUCGCCAGAAUGCCCGCAAGUCGAGCCGCUGGCUGAGCGGCUCAAAGAGGCCCAGAGGUGUAGACUGGGUUGCAAUGAAGCUUGGGCCUGCCGCAGGCAGUUCUUCGGGGACGCCGUGUCCGAAAGCGAGCCUUCUGCUGACCUGCCCCUUUUUUUGGAAUGUCACACGUCAGGUACCGCAAGCCAACAAAGCAUACAUCCAACGCGCACUCAUGGAUGAGAAUGUGCAGUACCUCUUUCUCGCGCUGUACUGGUGGUUCACUCAACCGAUCUUCAGUGAGUACAGCGGCGCCUCUUGCUAGUGCUUGUCCCCUUCAGCUUCGCUCAUGCUUUGAGCGUCUCUCCCGUCCAGUCACCUUGGUCCCCUACACAACCUUCUCUCUCUUUCACGUCCUUACCUUCACACGGACGACUGUGAUUCCAAUGGUGUUUCCCACGUCUCCGGCUGCUUCCAGAGCAGAAGGCGCAUCUGAACCAACUGGCUUCCCCACAAAAGUCAGCAAGAUGAUCCAGGGCUGUAAGUGCCUCUCGAUCUUUGAAACGGCUUUGGCCGACACAGGGCAGUGCUGACGCCGCGCGCAAUUUGAUGGUACUAUCAAACAGGGGUCAAGCAAAAUUAUGACCCCGCCAUGCGCUUCGUAGCCUACUCCGAAGUUCUCGUAUUCGCUCGUGUCACCUUUGGGGCCAUCUUGCUUCGCAACAGUCUGCUGGCUCCGCUCUUCUACGCGCACUUCUGCAGGCUGCGUUUUUAUAUGAGCUCUUUCACCCGGGAUGCUUUCCAGCACGUGUCCAGCGAGCUUGAUAAGGCCACAGCAAACCCAAGCUGCCCGGAGCUUGUCCGCAGAGCUUACUUGAUGGGAACUGACUUGGUGAGUGUCUGUGAAGCCUUGCAUGGCACUAGACGCCUGAGAUAAUCUGGAAAGGCAAUCUGCUAAUCAAGGUGCCCCUCUUGAUUCUCACAACAGAUCUCGCGCUACGCUUCAACUGUUCUGAACUUGCAGAACCAGGCAGCACCAGCAGCUGGAGGGGCACGUCCCGCGGCAACUGGUGGUGCGACUGCCCAGUGA